GCGGGCUUGUCGUUGAACGCGGGAGAACGUGCCUUCUGAAAAUUUGGACGGAAAUCUGUUCUUUAUAAUUGUGUGAGGUGUUUCUAUCACCUGAGAGUUAUCUGCGUGGUUUGUUUCGGUGUUUUCUUUUAAGAUUUCACCGCUCUCGGCUAGAGUUUGAGGAAAUAUUUAAGACUAUAAGCGAGGAAAUAAUAGAUAACCUCAAUCCUCUUUCUCAAGGCGGGAGAGAGUUAUCUCUCCCGCCUUCAAUCUUUAGAAUGUCUCAAUGUGUGAGCGAAAAAAUGGAAAGCGAAUUAUCUGAUAUGCAAAAUAUAACGCAUGAUCAAAUGAUGGAAAUAAUUUUGGAUAGAUCAAAUCUUAAAAGGCAGUAUUCAAGUAUGUCUGAGGAUUCCACUGCGUCUCCAAGGUGGGACCAAAUAAAGGAUAAACCAGUGACAUCAACUAAAAGUGAUUCAAAAAAAUCUAAGUCAAAGAAAAUAAUGUAGAUUCGUCACAGGAAGAGUCCUUUCAAAAUAAUGUAGAAUAAAGUAAAUGUAGAUUCGUCACAGGAAGAGUCCUUUCAAAAAGCACCCAAAUCAGCAGUGUUAAAUAUUGAUAAUAUAAUUAACAAGAGAGGAAAUACUCAAAAUAAAGUUCUCGACUCGGGAGACAAUACAUUAACUAAUAAUUUUUGGUAUGACCGAUAUAAUAAAGGUCUAUUUAUUAUUUUUGUUAGAAAAAUGGUUGAUAACAAAUCUAGAUCCACUUCUAUAAUUGAAGCUUCUAGGUUAUUAAUUAAGGCGAAUAUCAAAUUUGAAGAAAUAGAGCACCAUGCGUGGAACACGUGGAAAAUUUCUUUCAAGUCUUUCCAAGAUGCAAAUUCUGCCGUCCGAAAUAAGCUUAUAUCGGAUAUUUUGGAUUAACUCUAUAUAUUCCCAAAUACAAGAUUUUUAGAAAAGGUGUGAUCAAAGGCAUUCUUAAUGACAUUCCAUUAAAUAAAUUGCAGGCCACUCUGGAAAAGGAUAACCCACUGCUUCGAUUAAAUUACAUAUUCGGACUGAAGAGAAGAGACUCUGUUACAAAAAAAUGGAUUGACUCUCAGUCAGUCUGUCUAGAAUUUAAAAGUCAAGAUCUUCCUAGAAACAUCAAACUCUGGAAAGUCAAUUUAUUUGUGCAUCCAUAUGUUACUCCUGUAAGAAGAUGUUACAAAUGUGGCAAGCUGGGUCACACCAGUAAAGGAUGCGAACAAGAACAAAACAUAUGUUUCAAUUGCGGAUUAGCACACCCUAUAUCCGUAGAUAUUCCGUGUAAGGAAUCCCCCAAGUGCAUUAACUGUAAAGAACCUCAUCAUACCUUAAGUAGAGGAUGUCCAAAAUUUGUAUUUAAUGCUGAAAUUAAUAAAAGAAUGGCACUUGAUAAUGUCUCUUAUAUGGACGCAAGACGCACUCUAUUGAAACAAAAAAAAUCAAAAUGAAAUUCUCUUUAUUAAAGAUUUAAGGAACUUUCCAUAUCUCAACCCAAGGAUAGAAUCUUCAAAAACGCCGUUUUUUGUUGAUAUAAUCAAGAGGACUUUCCCGACGACGAUGUCAGCUGAUCUUUCUUUAAAAAUUAAGGAUCUUCUGUUACGGAUUUCUACUUCUCCGGAUGCUGAACUUAUCCUUCAAAAGAUAUCCCAGCUGGUUAAUCUGCAUAAUAAUUCUCAACAAAAAGACGAUCUACAAACAGACAAGACUUGGUUCCUAGAGAUCAAAUUACUUUUAAAGGUUUUGAUAUUGUCCGAAAAGAUCGACAGGAGAGGGGGCGGAGUAUUAAUUAUGACUUUUAACAAGAGUCCUAAAGAUUAUACAGCACCAGUCAGUUUUGUUGCUGGUGGUAUUCAACAAGCAGGGAAAUCAAAAAAUAAGGAAGAUAAUAAUGACAAGGAAGAUGAAGAGAAGAUACAGAAGUUUCAAUCAAAACAUUACAGUGAUUCUAGUUCAGAAGAUGAAAGACCAAACAAUUCGAAAUCACAUCCUUUCUCUUUGAAUUUAAACAGUGAUAUUGCAGAUCUCCAUAAAAAACGCAAUCAAAUAAAUUCACUAUUAAUGAAAGAUGGAAUAGGUAGUUGGGAAGUACAUAUGAAGGGUAUAGGUGCUAAAUUGUUAUUACAGAUGGGAUUUGAACCUGGCAAAGAUUUAGGUAAACAAUUACAAGGAGUAAGUAUCCCAGUGAAAAUACAUCUCAGAAAGGGAAGAGGUGCAAUUGGUGCAUAUGGUCCAGAAAAGGUACCAAAAAUGCCAGAAAAAAUAAAAAAUGACGAUGGAGAAGACAUAAAAGAACACAAAUCCAAAGUAUCUCAAUGGUGUAAGGAUCAUAAUAGCAAUAAAAAGAAAGUUAGAUACUAUUAUAAAAGUGUCGAUCAAAUUUUGGAAGAUGGAAAAUUAAAUAGAAAGCUUUCAAUGUCCAGCGAUAUAAGCAGAGUUAUUGAUAUGACAGGGCCAGAGCAAAGAAUUUUCAAUGGAUAUCAUGCGAUAGCUGGAGGUCAGCAAUAUCCUGAUGAAAUUGUGACUAUGUCUGAUAAAAAAUCUAAGAUGAAUUUUGCUUUGCCUAAAUUACAGCAUAAUUUAAAUUUACUUGUGGAUAUGUGCGAACAAGAUAUUAUACAAAAUCAUCGACGAAUGAGACAUUUAAAUGACAUAAUGGUUGCUUUAAAAACAGAAAAGAAGAACUUAUUAAAAGUUGUGAAUCAACAUGAGCAACUUAUUGAUACUUUAGAGAAUGUCUUUAUGAUUGUGGACAAGUUAAUAAAUGAAACAAAUGAAUUGUCUCUGCAAGAAACUGCAGAAGCUUUUAAAAAUUUACAAGACAAUUAUUAUGAGGAAUAUAAAAUAUACGAACUCGGCAAAUUAGCCAAUAGUUUUGUGGCGCCAAAAAUAAGAGAUUGUUUGCUUAGUUGGAAUCCAUUCUUGCAACCGAAACAACCAAUCAAAUUAUUUGAACAGUGGAAAUGUAUUUUAGAAAGUGGAUCUAGUAAUAUCACAUUUCAAACACAGACUAUGCAUCCAUACGAUCAAUUAGUAUGGAAUGCAUGGAUGCCAUCAAUUAGAGGAGCCAUACAGAUUAGAUAUUCUAAGGAAUACAUGCCCAUGGCUUAACUCAUUGCCGGCAUUCACGUGGGCGUCGAAUAAAGAUUCUCUUAAGACGCAAGAGGUUUACGUUUACGCUACAUUGUAAGGAGAUACAAAAGAAUGUUAAUAUGCGAGUGUGGUACCGCUAUGUGCUAUUUAUAAAUGAUCAGCCUCGUGACAGGUAUGUGUCACAUUUUUAAACAGACAAGUUAUUUCCAUUUGUUUGCGCUCUUAACGUCGAUCAGAUUUUAUUUCUCAUAGAAAAUCUGGUUAAAU